CUCUCCCAAACACGCCUUAACAAAUUUACACUUUCAAUAAAGAAAAAAAUUAAACCUGUUCAAAAACCCUAACAAAUUAAUUACCGCUCAAAAUCCAUCUGCUUGAAUCCAACUGUUUACAGGUAUGGGAACUCGAGGAGUUAUUGGGGAUAAAUGGUCGAUGAGGGUUCUUUGGGCCUGUGCUAUUGGAAGUGCAGUGAGUCUAUAUAUGGUUGUUGUAGAAAGACAAUUACAAAACAGAGAACGACUGAUGGCAGAAAGUUUGCAAUCUAUGGAAGCAGAAUCAGGAAGUGGAGAUAGCGGUUAAAUGCUGAUGUGUCCGAUCAUCAAAAUCAAAAACAAAAUCUGUAGAAUGCGAUUUUAAAGAGCUUUCCAUGUUUAAUCAUCGAGUCUGCUUAUGCGAUAGCAUAUUUUGUUUCCGGCAUUUGGAGUAUGACGUACAGUGUAUCUCCGAUAAUAAUUUAUUUACUUUGUUUCCGGCUGUUGGUUUCUGUCUUCUCUUGAUGCUACUGUAAUAGUGAACUAAUUAAAUUUCAAAUAAUGCAAAGACGCUUAUGGCGAA